AUGUUAACUUUGCAGCCACUGCCUUCGUUCAAGUCAAAUUUCUCCGGAUCUGCCCUCCGGCGACCUUCGCGGCUCAAUGGGGUUCCUGGGCUGGUACAGUUCUCCUGGACUAUAAGGACAAGGCACCUGGUUCGUGCUGUUAUCAGUGAUGACAAGGCCUUGGAGUCAGCAAAAAAGUCGUCAUCAGUUGAGCAAAAAAACGUUGAUGGGUCGUUGGCUUCUGGUUCUUCAGUUAAGGAAGUGAGGGCAGUUGUGACUAUAAGGAAAAAGAUCAAGGAGAAGAUCACAGAGAAGAUUGAGAAUCAAUGGGAACUAUUCAUUAACGGGAUUGGUCAAGGGAUCUUGAUCCAGCUCAUCAGUGAAGAGAUCGAUCCUGUUACUAACUCGGGGAAGAGUGUAGAGACUUCUGUAAGAGGCUGGUUGCCUAAGCCUUCAGAGCAUAGCCACAUCCUUGAAUAUGCAGCUGAUUUCACUAUCCCAUCUGACUUCGGUAAACCCGGGGCUGUUCUGAUUACCAACCUUCAUGGCAAGGAAUUCCACUUGUUGGAGAUUGUUAUUCAUGGUUUUGAAGAAGGCCCUAUUUUCUUCCCUGCAAAUACAUGGAUCCAUUCACGGAAUGACAAUCCUGAAAGUAGAAUUUUAUUCAGAAAUCAAGCACACUUACCAUCACAAACACCACCUGGCCUUAAAGAUCUACGACGUGAAGAUUUACUGAGUGUUCGUGGUAAUGGUAAAUGCGAGAGAAAGGCUCAUGAUAGAAUUUAUGAUUAUGAUGUGUAUAAUGAUUUAGGCAAUCCUGACAAGGAUGAAGAUCUUUCUAGGCCAGUUCUGGGUGGUGAGGAAAGGCCCUAUCCUAGGCGCUGUAGAAGUGGCCGACCUCCUACAAAGACAGAUCCACUUUGUGAAAGUAGAAUUGAAAAACCCCAUCCUGUUUAUGUACCUCGGGAUGAGGCCUUUGAGGAGAUCAAGCAGAACACUUUCUCUGCUGGGAGGUUGAAAGCACUACUUCACAAUCUUGUACCAUCCAUUGCUGCUACAUUGUCGAGUUCAGAUAUCCCAUUCACAUGCUUUUCUGACAUAGAUAAGCUAUACAGUGAUGGUGUCAUCUUGAAAGACGAUGAGCAAAGAGAAUUAGGCAACAAUCUAUUUAUAGGCAAUAUGAUGAAACAAGUUCUCAGUGUUGGCCAAAAGUUGCUGAAAUAUGAAAUCCCAGCUAUUAUAAGAAGGGACAGAUUUGCAUGGUUGCGAGACAAUGAAUUUGCACGCCAGACUUUAGCUGGGGUCAAUCCUGUGAAUAUUGAGAUUUUGAAGGAAUUUCCAAUCCUUAGCAAACUAGACCCUGCCAUUUAUGGCCCUCCAGAAUCCACAAUCACAAAGGAAUUGAUAGAGCAAGAGCUCCAUGGAAUGAGUGUGGACAAGGCUAUUGAGGAAAAAAGAUUGUUUAUACUUGACUUCCAUGACAUGCUUUUGCCAUUUAUCAGGAGGAUGAACAACUUACCUGGAAAAAAAGCUUAUGCCUCCAGGACAGUGUUCUUCUAUAGCAAGACUGGUAUGCUGACACCAAUAGCUAUUGAGCUUUCUCUUCCUCCCACUCCUUCGUCAUCUCGGAAUAAAUAUGUUUAUACUUACGGGCAUGAUGCUACAACACAUUGGAUUUGGAAACUAGCCAAAGCUCAUGUUUGCUCAAAUGAUGCUGGUGUCCAUCAGCUAGUAAAUCACUGGUUGCGAACUCAUGCUUGCAUGGAGCCUUAUAUAAUUGCAACUCACAGACAGCUUAGCUCAAUGCACCCCAUUUACAAGCUGCUUCACCCUCACAUGCGCUACACGCUAGAAAUUAAUGCACUUGCACGGCAAAGUUUAGUUAAUGGAGGUGGGAUAAUUGAGGCUUGUUUCAGCCCGGGAAAGUAUGCCAUGGAGCUAAGCUCUGCAGCUUAUGAGAGUUGGCGCUUUGACAUGGAAGCAUUGCCAGCAGAUCUCAUUCGGAGGGGCAUGGCAGUGGAGGAUCCUUCAGUGCCUGGUGGCCUGAAGCUUGUGAUUGAAGACUAUCCUUACGCAGCAGAUGGGCUGCUUAUUUGGUCUGCCAUCAAAGAAUGGGUGGAAUCCUAUGUUGAACACUUUUAUACUGAACCUAAUUCUGUCACAUCUGAUGUUGAGAUCCAAGCCUGGUGGGAUGAGAUCAAGAACAGAGGUAAUUAUGACAAACGGAAUGAACCCUGGUGGCCUAAACUGGCCACCAAAGAAGACUUGUCUAGCAUACUUACCACAAUGAUCUGGAUUGCAUCUGGUCAGCAUGCAGCUAUAAACUUCGGGCAGUACCCAUUUGGAGGAUAUGUGCCAAACCGUCCCACCCUCAUGCGAAAACUCAUGCCACAAGAAACUGACCCUGAUUUCGAGAAAUUUAUUCACAACCCUCAGCACACUUUUCUAUCCUCUUUGCCAACAAAGCUUCAAGCAACCAAAGUGAUGGCUGUUCAAGACACCUUGUCAACUCAUUCCCCAGAUGAAGAGUACCUGGGUCAAAUGAACCAACUACACAGCAGCUGGAUCAACGAUCAUGAAGUGUUGAAAAUGUUCGAGAAAUUCUCUGCUAAACUAGGGGAAAUAGAGGAAACGAUAAAUAAAAGAAACAAGGAUAUCCGCCUUAAAAACAGAAGUGGUGCUGGCAUUCCCCCUUAUGAACUGCUGCUCCCUUCAUCAGGUCCUGGGGUAACCGGUCGUGGAAUACCCAACAGCAUUUCCAUCUAAUUAACUUAGCUGUAUCAAGGCCUUGGGAGUUGUGGACUUCUUGUGGUACUAGGUUUCUUUUAUUGAUGUUGCUACUGUCCCUUUGCUUUGUGCACAGCUCAGAGCCAUACUUGUAAAUUGCAAUCAUACCCAAUAAACAUUGUUAGAGCAAAUUAUGAUCUGAUGGGCAUGUCAAAUUGGGUGCCUACCUCUCUA